CUGGCACAGUCAGUGAUGUCUUCUGCUUACAUUUUGUUUUUAAUGCUGAGCCUCUCAAUGCGCAUGCGCCUGCCCGACAGCUACUACUCACCAUGCACAUGUAGAGCAAUCAUAACGUGCGGGGCAGGCGGAGCACACCGGAGGGACUAGCUAGUUGUUUUGCAGCUGUCAGGUUGCCUGUUUACUCUUGCCUUUAUUUAUAUUCAUGUGUUGGCCCGUGUUUGACAGCGGCUCGUAGUCCCGCUGCACAGGCGCCAGUACUGACCGGCAGUCCGGGCUCGAAGCGAGCGAUGUCGGAGGAGCGCAGGGUGGCAGCCACAACAACAACAGGGCGCGCUGCUGUCCCCCUAGCAUCGCAACGUCCUCCGGUCCAUGUCGUUUAACCCUGCCGGGCGACUACACCCGUCCUCGCCUCCCUACCGGUCCAGUCCCGUCCCACAGUGACCUCCAGUGAUGGCUGAUGAGGACCCCCAGCAGCAGCAGCCGCCGCCGGAGAGCGGGGCGGGGAGCCUGCCCGGCCUACUCCCCGGGCUGCAGGGCGCUGAGGCCAGCGCUCUGCAGCUCAGGAUCAAGAACUCCAUCUGCAAAUCUGUUCAAUCAAAAGUGGAAAACAUUCUGCAAGAUGUCGAGAAGUUCUCAGACAUCGAAAAACUCUACCUCUACCUCAAGUUGCCUUCUGGUCCGAGCAGCAGUGUCGAUAAAAGUGACCAGAGCGCCCUGUCAUCGAGCCGCACGCAGCAGAUGCACGCAUUCACCUGGAUCCGAAAUCAUUUAGAGGAGUACCCCGAGACCUCGCUCCCCAAGCAGGAAGUCUACGAUGAAUACAAGAGCUUCUGUGACAAUCUUAACUACCACCCGCUAAGUGCUGCAGACUUCGGGAAGAUGAUGAAAAAUGUAUUCCCGAACAUGAAGGCGCGUCGGCUCGGCAUGAGGGGAAAAUCAAAAUACUGCUAUAGUGGCCUAAGGAAGAGACCGUUUGUUCACAUGCCGUCUUUACCCACUCUGGACCUCCAUAAAACAGGAGAUGGACCCCAGUGUGAUGGACUCGACUCCCCGGGCCAGCUGAGCAGUAUUAAGGAAGAGGUGCGGUUUGCAGCCUGUGAUCUUGUUUGUGAGUGGGCUCAAAAGGUGCUCAAACGCCAGUUUGAUGCUGUGGAGGACCUGGCUCGCUUCCUAAUCGACAGCCAUUACAUCAGCAACAAGUCUUUGGCAGCUCUCACCAUAAUGACCGGCACAGCAGCAGAGAUGAAAGCUUCACAGACCGUCUCAGCCUUCGCCCCGGCUGCAGACGCUCACUCCUUCCAGCCUCAUGUGACCAUGCUGUCCUCUCCGUCUGUCGACGCAAAGCAGCAGCUCCAGAGGAAGAUCCAGAGGAAGCAACAGGAGCAAAAGCUGACAUCUCCUCUACCCGGAGAGGGACAGAUUAGGAAGGCAGACGACAGUGUGCCUUGUGGUAGUCCCACCCCUCCGUCACCUCAGCCAACUAUAGGCAUCGUGGUCACUGCCGUGCCAAGCCCGAUCACGGUUCAGAGGAGUAGGCCGCUUAUGUCCCCGAGUCCAGUGGGAACAGUGGAGAGCAAAGUGCUGCCCAUUAACAUCCAGAUGCUGACCCAGCCAGUUCAGGGAGUGAAGCAGAGCCCCAAACACCCCCAAAAUAUUCUGUCCAGUCCAGCGGGGGAGCGCACAGCUCGGCAGCGCUACGCUCAAAUCCUCCCUAAACCUUCAGCCACCACUGCCAUCGCUUUGCGCUCGCCCUCCACCAUGAUCAUCGCUAACAGCCCCAUUAAGACUGUUGUAACGCCAUGUCAUGUCAGCCCAGUCAGUCUGGUCAAAAUGGCAGCCAUAUCGCUCGCACCCAACAGCAGUGAAACUGCCACAUCCCUGACAAACGUGCUGCGGCCGGCAUCUGCAGACAUCAACUUUAAAGUUACAGAAGACGCCAGCUCCAGUCAGAGUGCGAGGAGUUCCUCGACGGUCCCCAUUUUGGCCCCGGUGGCCAGGCAAGGGCAGACUUCUAACACUCCAAGCAUCGAUGUUGAAAUGGAAGUUGAAGCUAUACAUGAAAGCAGCCAAAUGCAAAAUUUGGGCAGUCAAGUUUUGCCACAAGGGGCAAUGACAAAUAGAGUCAAAGGGGCUGUACAGAGGGCCGCCAGUGUGCCCAUACCGCAAACUAGAGGCUUCUUGGGUCUCGAGGAAACGUCUAGCAAUAAAUGCAGCAGAGAGUCCUCCUCAAGCACUAAUACUGUGGCCACAGGCGACAGUGGCAAUAAUAGCGCUAAUAAUACAAGCACUUUGCACUUAAAUCCCUCCACUCAGAAUACCAGCACUGUGUCUUUACUGAACACCAGCAGAACAUCUUCAUGUGGAGAAAACAACCAAACAAAGCAAGGCUUCUUGUCCACUAAGAGCCUCAGAAAACGUUCAGGGCUCAGUCCAGACCUUUCACCAAUCAAAAGGGUUUUUAUGCCCCAGCAGCCAGUAGAGGGUGCUGCCGGUCCAGGGUAUGGUAUCAGAAACAUGACGGGUCAUGUAUCCAGGCCAGGCGCUCCAGCUAGACCCGAAAGUGCACCAGCCACCAGGGAAGUAGAAGUGAAAAUGACCACUCAAGUCCACGCACUUGGCACUUCUCCUUCUUUCAGAGCGAGUGGCUUUUACUCUGUUGCCAAAACACAUAGUUCAUUGCAGAGGAAAAACAUUUCUACCGUUAUGGAAACUGGCACCUCAGUCGGUCACGCAUUUAUACAGCAACAUCAGGGGCACGCAGCAGUUGACGCACACACUGUGCCCGAUAAUCCCAGUUUUCCAAAGCAUUCAGGUGUGGGUUCAAACUCAAGCCUGGAAGGAGUCCAGCAGCAGCCCUGCUCUCAGUCCAGUCCUGCUACGGAAACCUUAGAGUUUUUGAAUCACGCUUCAUCAUCCGGUCAGCUGCCCAUGCAGACAGACAUGACAGAUUACUUUUCCUUUGAUGAUGAUGUGACUCAGGACAGCAUAGUGGAGGAGUUGGUGCAGAUGGAGGAGCAGAUGAAACUUAAUAACCUGCAGCAGUUUGGAGAUUCUGUCACGCUGCAGGGCCAGCAGGCUGCGAUGCCAAACAACAUGACGUCCGCUAAUAAGAACAUGGCUUUCUAUCAUGCUGCGAACAACAACAGCAACCCAAUCCAAACAAUUCAAACGCCGACACCUACACCCAUGUCGGAAAUGAUGGGAGGAGCCCAGGGACUGACCGGAGAAAGCCCCUGCUCCCACAUCGCCUCCACGACCCCGGUGGACAGCGCGCUCGGAAGCAGUCGCCACACCCCGGUUGGGACGCCACACUCCAACUGCAGCAGCAAUGUUCCUCCCAGUCCAGUGGAGUGCAGAAACCCGUUCGCGUUCACACCCAUUAGCUCCAGCAUCACUGGUUUCCAUGACGGCAGCACCAUCUCCAGCAGCCCAGUGAAACCGAUGCAGAGACCGAUGGCCACCCAUCCAGACAAGACCAGGCUGGAGUGGAUGAAUAACAGUUACAACAGCAGCGGCGGGACCGCCAGCAGGUCCAACAGCGGAAUGGAAAUCCUGCCCGGCUAUCACAGCCUGAUAGACGACCAUUUUCAAAAACCUCACGCCUUCGCCGUUCCUCACGCACGGCACCAUGACAACCAUUUCGGCCGCUUGACUCCCAUCUCGCCCGUGCAGCAGCAGGUAGCGAGCAUGGCCAAGCAGGAGGGCUUUGCAGUGCCUGCCCCUCUGGAUAAUAAAACUGCCAACACUUCUGCUGCAAAUUUUAGGUGUCGCAGCGUGAGUCCCGCUGUACAUCAGAGGAACUUCAGCGGCACAGGAGCAGGAACCAACCUUUCCAAUGCCUCCCGAUCGGUGGUGUCUCCCUUUAAUUCUCCUGUGACGCCUGAGGUGUUGAACAUCUUCGCAAACAGCCAGACAAACCUCGGCGUGAACAGCAUGGCCCAGAGGAGCCGCUCUGUGCCGCUCAACAUCAUGAUGCAAAGCGAGGUCCCGCCCACACCGGGCCAGCAGUGCAGCACCAAAAGCAUCGCCAGCGUCCUCCUGAGCAAGCUAGAUGGAGAUCACGAGAAUAGUGUGCGGGGUGUGGGAAUGAAUAAUUUACCUCCCACCUACACUGCUCGUAUGAACCUGACCCAGAUCCUCGAGUCCAACUCCAGCCUGUCCUGCACUGACAACCUGAUGACCUCUGACUCCAGCAGUACCUGCAACCUGCAGAGGCCCAAUUACCUCAUGGAAAAUUCUAUCAGUGAACAAAUGAUUCUCUCGGCAGGUCAAGGCCAAAUACAAGCAGCCGCUGGUGAGCAGCAUCAGCAGCAGUCCAUCAUGUCAGCUUUGAACUCACAGCAGCAGCAACACCAGCAGUUAGACUUCAGCAGCGCUCAAGACCUCCUCACUGCUGGCAAUCAGCUCAUGGAGCAGGUGUCGGAGCUAACAGCCGGGGCCGAUUUCCCCGGUGAAAUCAGAAUGACAUCAGAGCUCCCCAGUAGCAUCAGUGACCUUAACGCGUUGGACACAAACCUGCUGUUUGACCCCAGCCAGCAGCAUGGCCAGUAUCAGCACGCCGCCCCAGAGGAGCUGGUGGACGAUUCGCUGUUUCAGCAAAUCACCAGCGAAGCGGCUCAUUCAGGUGGUCUCGACUGGUUGGAGAGCAAAGAUCACCCAACUGUUGGGCUGAUGGGCUGAGCGCAGAGCUUUUUAUAGUCAUGUUGAACAUGUUAAUCUGCGGUUGAUGUUUGUUUUAUUUAUUUUCAGGCAUUUAUAAUGCAACACUGGACACAAUGAGGUCUGUCCAGAUUAAGUGCCAGGCUAAAAACUGAGCUAAUGCUGCAACACUCACUGAAAAUGCUGGUCAUUUCCCUUUAAUGAGAGAAUAUUGCCUCACUUUGUUUGAUCAAGAGAAGUGUCAACAAGUAAACACACACAGAAAAAACGCUAAUCUUCAAACAGCUAAUUUUAUUGAACAGUCAGAUCAAUAACAGAGCCGUGGAUCAGUGUAAAUAAACCUUAUGCAACGCUACUUGUUUCUGUCACCGUGUAUCUGCAGGCUAAAUUGGUGCAAAAAAACUGAUAUUUAAUCCUAAACUAACAAUAUGUGUUUGUUGUGUAGCUUUACUAAAAAAAAAAGCGCUUAAAAGGUUUUGAAUUUAACAUUAAGAUACGUGACGUGUACACACAUACACUAAAUUAUUAUGCAUUCACAAAUACACAGAAUCAAAUUCAUCCAUGUAAAUCCAUAUAAUGUACUCACAAUCUUAAUAUAUAAAAAUACCAAUAUAAAUAUAUGUAUCUCUUCCCAAACACAGCACUGACCUUUACUGACUCAUUUUGGUGAAAUAUAUAAAAGGUAUGCGGUAAAACUUUUAACUGUAAAAUUCAGCAAUAUAAGUCAAUACUGUCUAAAGUUUAUUUUAAAUAGACUUUGAGUCUCUGUUAAUCAGCUGAUGAGUGUGAAGAGCGAUGUUAACCUCUCUUCAAACCCCUUCAUGUAGUUUAAAUAAUAAUAAAAAUAUUAUUAGUCCUCUUUGUUCACAUUGCUUUAAGUUGCAUUUAAAAUAGGUCCUGUAUACAGUCAUGUGAAUAACUAAGUACACCCUUGUUAUCAUAGGUGAGCACCUCUAAAAAAGCAGCAGUUUUGGUAGUUUGGUGGUCUGGUGCAUUCAGGUGUGAGCUAACACAAUGACACAAUCUUUCCAAGUGUUAACAUCCCAGCAAGGCCCUACUGCAGAAAUGCAUCAGCUCUACAGGCUUGAGGUAGUAUGUUAAAGGUUAAAUUUCAUGAAAAUAGAAUUACAAGACAAAUAUGGCCUCCCACGAAGGAAUCCCAAGAGAAUAUCUCUUCCCUCUGAAACAAACAUGACAGCAGAGUUUGCUUUAGGUUUGCCAAGCAGCAUCAGGUCAAGAGUCAAGCUUGGCCUAAAUUAGGUUAUGUACUGUAGGAGAUCAGUGACCCCAAACACAACAAAAUGAAAUGUAUCAACAGAAUGGCUGAAAGUGAAAAAGAAUGAAGGUGCUGCAAUAUCAAAGUCCAGACCUCAGCCUGCUUGAAAUGCUGUGCAUGAAUGCAAUGUUGUAAAGAAGAGUGGGCCAAAAUCUCUCCACAGUGAUGUGAGAGCUGAGAAAGUCAUACAGAAAAUUAUUACUUCCACGUUAUUGCUGCUAAAAGUUGUUCUUCAAGCUACUGAAUCACAGGGUGCACUUAGUUUUUCUCAGGACUGUAAUUGUGAUUAUAAAGAUGUUCUAAUCCUAAUGAAUCUCUUUGAAGCGUAUGCAAAAUUUACAUGCAAUAAAAGAAAACAGACAGAAACAUCAAAUAUUAAACCAGCUGUUCUCAACCCGGCAUGGCCCCGCCCCCAAAAUAAUUCUCGCCUUCAAAUUUUAUCAAUCUUUAUCAACAGCAACAACAAAAAAAAUUAGGCUGAAUUAAAUUUUUAAUAUCAGCAUCCACACCACCCUGCGGCAGAGAGUUUGCGUCCCACCAGGGGGCCAUGCCCCAUAGUUUGAGAAUCACUAUAUUAAUCCAAGAAAGAUGAUCUGCUGAUCAGUUUUAAUUAUGCUAUGAGUCUUUGUAUGGUUACAUGUGGGUGUGUCACACAGACCAUUUUAUGGGAUCUGUGUUCCAGCCCUUUGAGCAGUGAAAGACGAAGGCUCGACCGCUCAACCCUUAUAGGACAUUUAUGAUAAAAUCGCUUACCUAAGAAUUAAACCAAACCCCUCUGACGGGGUCUUCUUUUGCACUUGAAAAACGAACCGAGAGCUUUUUAUCACUAUUUAAAUGUAUUAUUUAUCGCGUGCAGAUUACUAAAAAGGAAGACAUGGAAAGUGAGAGGAGCCUAACGAGCAUGUAUAUUACACUUAUUCUAAUGCACUGACAAUCUAUAAUCCUUGUGCUUUUUUAAUGGGGAAAAAAAACCACCGUUUGAAUUGUAUGGAACAAUUUUACUCUGAAUCCUGAGGUUCAAAUGAAAAACAGCUGCCGAUCAAAUGUGAAAGUCGAGCUUUACACUGACGUCGAGCAUCGGGUAAAGAAGUCGUGCAGCCGCUGACUCUAAGCUGCGUCUGAGGGCUUUGGGUUUCUGAGCCUUAUGUCCUUAUGCCAAAGAUGUAAGCUGCACCGUGGCCACGGGUGUAACGUAGCCUCCAACGUGGUGGACACUCUGACAAUAAAGUGCUUGAUGACGCCUGUAACAAAUGUAUUCAGAGGAAAGGUGAAAAUCUGUAAAUGCUGAGGGUUCCUUUGUUUACUGUUGUUGAUGCUUUUGUAACACGCACCCUUCCAACAGGUAUGUGAUGUUUUCAUGGCGGCAUCACAGUUGUUUUGCUAAACCGUGUGUGUCUCUGUGUUAGCAGUAGAUCUCUUGACCGUGUAUUGUUGGUCACACUCACUUUAUUUGUUGUACAGAUUGGGGGUGUGGCCAGGUGUCCGGUGCUCUUUGGUUUGUUUUAUUACUAUUUAUUAUUUUACAUUGUGCUAUUUGUACAGGAUAUGUAACCUUGGAAACCAUAUAAUUGUUUGUUUGUGUGCGCGCGUGUUCACAAUAACCUGACUUGCACUGUUAUGAUGUUUUGUAGCAUACGCUUUAAGUGUCAUAGUGUGUUACCGCGUAUCACGUGCAUUAUCAAGACUUUUCCGAAAUCUGGCGGUGAAUAAAGAGAAAUUGAAGAAUCACUAAAACCUCGCAGAACUGGAUUUUGACAGGAAUUCACUCCAGAAAAUGUUUGCACUUGUUUUGAAAUGUGGAAACGGCACUGGCCCUUAAUAUACGGUGCGUAAUUGUGCAAUUGUACUUCCCUUCAUGAGCUUGAAAGUUGUCCCUCUGUGACAAAAAACCCCAAACAUUUUGAAUGAACUAAAUUAAUGUCUGGAUUUAAUCUGGUGAUUUUAUACAGAAUAUUGUAUUUUUAACUUCUUUAAAAUCUGAUUGUAUCAUUGCAGCAUCUAAUUAUUUUGAGUAUUGAACGAUUUAGAGCAAUUUUUUUCUUAUUUGUGUACUUUUUGACCUCUGAUUUCUCUCAGUUUCGAUGUUUAACUCCAUUGUGGGUCUGUGUGUUUGUUAGCGCUGAUGUUUCUUUAUGAAGAGUUUACCCUUCCUCUUGUAAGUGGCUAGGAGCUGUAGAGCCGCCCUCCACUGUGUUAAGUUGCUGUGGUUUUUAAUACAAAUAUUUUCUUUUUGUUGUUGUUGUUGUUUUGCAUUUUAUCAAGUGCUUUUAUAAGGGGAAGUGCUUGUUGAUACCGGUUUUUGAAAACUUUUUAAAACUAAUAAACAUUUUUGAGUACAUCUGCUUCAAA